GAAUGGUCCAUCUCGCCGCGCAAGCGCCCUAGGCUCUUCACGCCGCUUUGCACUCCCUCCUACCCGACUUGCAGCGCAGGCGCAGAGCCGAGGCGUGCAGCCGCCGCCGCCGAGCCAGAGCGGGGCAGCUAGCGCCGCAUCCCGCUCUACCUGCCCACAUCCUGCAUUGGAGAACUUGUGACCCAGGUGUGGCUGUGAAGAGCUGGCCGGGGAGGGACGCUGCCCAGCUGCUGCUCUUCUCCUGUCUCCUGUCCCCUCCCCUGGCCAUGACAGAGACCCGUGAGCCAGCUGAGACUGGGGGCUAUGCCAGCUUGGAAGAAGACGAUGAGGACCUCUCUCCAGGCCCUGAGCAUUCCUCUGACUCUGAAUACACUCUCUCAGAGCCAGACUCCGAAGAGGAAGAAGAUGAGGAGGAGGAGGAGGAGGAGGCCACUGAUGAUCCUGAAUAUGACCCUGGCUACAAGGUGAAGCAGCGCCUGGGGGGAGGCCGGGGGGGCCCAUCCCGCCGGGCCCCCCGUGCAGCCCAGCCCCCAGGCCCCCCAGCCCAGCCCUGCCAGCUCUGUGGCCGCUCACCCCUUGGGGAGGCCCCACCAGGCACCCCGCCUUGCCGGCUCUGCUGUCCUGCUACAGCCCCCCAGGAAGCUCCAGCCCCUGAAGGCAGGGCCCUCAGGGAGGAAGAGGAGGAGCCACCUCGGGCUGGGGAGGGCCGACCAGCUGGGAGGGAGGAGGAGGAGGAUGAGGAGGAGGAGGAGGGCACCUACCACUGUACAGAGUGUGAGGAUUCCUUCGACAACCUCGGGGAGCUGCAUGGGCACUUCAUGCUGCAUGCCCGGGGGGAGGUGUAGGUAG